GAAGCACCAUCUGUGCUAGUUCUAGUAUAUCUUCAUUUCUCAUCCGCCUCGAAAAUGAACUGUCGUCGGUCCACCUCUGUUGGGUCUUUGUUCUAUUCCGGAACCGCCACGGCGACACUCCUGUUACUGGGUACAACGACUACUGUCCUCCUCGGCCACCAGGUGCACGCCGCUACGCCGGUCCAAGGAGGUGUUGGCGUUCCUAGUAGUCCGGAUGUCGAUGUUGGUGUUGGAUCUGAGCCUGACGCUGACAUGCAUGUUGGCAACUACAUGAGUACCACAGGAGUAGACCAGGAGCGCAGUGAAGAACAAGAGCAUGCGGAGAUCACCACGCCGGUCGUUCCUGGUGAACACGAGGAAGACAAAGAGCAUCACUCUCAUACGGCCAACGUGUUUCGGUCCGCACCGACUGCGUUUUAUUCCAACAUCAUUGGGAACAUGGCAAACCGCGGACCGAGUGCGAUUUCCAACACCAUCGGAAACUUGGCAAACCGCUUUCGCCGCAAGAGGAAGGCGGGAGAAGCUGGGCUAAUUCAUCUCCGUGGAACAGAGGCCAGCACCUCUUCGACGUCGCCCGCCCCCACCUCUCCUGACAGAGAGAGCCAGAGCGCGCCUUCCCCUGUCGCAGUUCCUGAAUAUCAUCCCACCGUGGUUGGAGAUCUUCUAGAUGAUGAUCUUCCUGAUGCUGAGGAGGAGAAGUCGAUGAUGAAGGACCAGGAUGCUGACAUAGUUCUUGACGCUGCUGACGUUGUUCUUCGUGCUGGAGACGUUCUUGAGGGACCACUGGCAGAUGAUCGCCACGAUGAUCAAGGAGAAGGUCCUGAUGUAGCAGCAAGAACGUCCAUCGCCGUCCCAACGCCAGUUGAAAAUGAGGAGACCGAAAGAAUGUCGCCCCUGGACGACGACGAGUUAGAGCGCAGGGUGAAGCGGCAGCGAACGGAUACGGAGGGUGUUUUCAUCGCUACAACAACUUCCGCCGCACCUGCUAGCCCUUCGCCUUCCUCCUCCUCUUCCUCUUCCUCUUCCGGUCCGCCUACCGCUCAUCUUACCACGGAAGAAACGGAAAAGCUGGAUGAGGUGGUGCGCAUGUUGGUUGAGAAGAACUUCUCGCCCGACCAGAUUGUGCAGCUCAUGGUUCACAGGGCCGUUCUGAUGGUUAACAGGGCUGCCACUGCCAGUGAUAUUGAAGUAAACAGUCCUAGAACAUCAGCAGCAGGCCCUGCUCAUGUCCACGCAGAAGAUGUGCCCGUCGUCGAGCAUGGAGAACAUCAGCCGGUCACCGAAAUUGUUCCUGAAGUAGAACAAGACACGCCGUUGGUGACCUCCACCGCUGGUGAAAUGCAAGAUGCUCCUGCCGCAGCGACCCACGGGACCACGACUGAGGAAAGCAUGGAAGUGGAAAUGGUGGCGCCGCGAGAAGAGCAUCAAGAGCCGGACCAUCUGGAAAAGGUCGGUAUGGAGGCACAGCAUGCACAAGAGCAGUUGGAGCACCAGUUCGAGUUGGAACAAACUACAACCGUGCCCGGCACCAGUCUUGAUGUUCCAGAUGAACAUCAAGAAGUGGCGGCGGCAGCUAGCUCCAGUUCGACGGGACAAGUUUCUAGUGAAGAUGGCGAACAACAACAAACUGGUGGCUCCGUCUUUGCGCCGGUGAGAACUUCUACGCAGCGGGCGGGAAAUAAAGUCCGGGGGUUCUUUUCCUGGUUCCAGAAGUAAGCUGGCGCAUCGUUCUGCUCUUUGCCAAGGAAAGCUGUCAAUGCGCAUACAAAUUGUACGAGUACUUACCGGAGGUGGGCAGGCAAAGCUAGAAGGGAAGACGAGGGAAGAAGACAAGAACGCGAGAUGAAGCUGCCACGAUGAAACGCUACUUGAAAUUUUUGGUUAGGAAGUCUGGUGUCCAUGUUGUAUGAUCGUUCUGUACGCAUGAUAGUACUUACAUACCAAAUCCAAUACUAGUACCAUAAGCAGUACCACCAGAACGCAUUUUUCGAUGGUGUGGCUACCGUCAUCUUAUUUUUGGGGGCCCAGAGAUGCUGGUAACGCACUUUUGUGCUGUGAGCAGCAGUUGUGUGGAUGAAUCAGCAAAACAAAAUGUUUGCGAUGGCCACAGUUUCAGACUACAGCAGUAUUAAACUAAGAGUAGUUCCAGUUUCACGGGAGCUGCGUACGAGCAAGUUCAAGUGCAUAAGUGCAUAAGGGUUUAUGCCUUUCACAUCUGAAGAACAGAGUAACCAAAUGGUUGUUGUGUAUGAUAUAUGAUCAGAAUCAUCUUGGUACUUCCGGCGAGCAGCAGUCUGUAGAAAUAUCUUCGAUGCAUCUUCUUGAUGGUCGUGGACAAUGUAAUAAAUGCUUGC